CGCUCACUCGGAGGAGUGACUACUUGAGCGCUGGAGCUAACCAACCGUGAGAUAGAGGCUCAGCUCUACGGGGCUCACUUUUCUGCUCGAGAACGGAGGAAAGUCGGCUGCUGGAUUGAAACGUUUUUCCAUUUCGGACUUACUUCAACGAGCCAGCGGACUGCAGUCAUUUUCUUGUACUGCAUCGGUCGUGUGAAACGAACUCGACUACUGGAAGGAAACAUUGAACUUGAGGCAGAGGAGACUGGAAGUGGUCAGAAUAGGAUAUUAGUGUCAAGAUAGAGGAAAUCAUUUUUCUACUUCGGCUAAUUAUCGUUAUCGGAAAUUUGCUUAAAACUGUUAAUGAUGUUUUGGAAAGUAAUCUAUUAAAAUCUUCAGACUCUUCAGACUGCCAAACCACACUGUCACUAUGGGGCUCGUGGCUUUGUAGAGUGUGUGCUUUUAAAGCCAUUUUGGACUUUAUUAGAAUUAUUUUAUUUCGGAAUACACACUCCCUCUGACAAUCAGGUCGACUUCACUCGCUUUGUUGACAGCGAAGAAUGGAUUUAUAGCCUACAUACGAAAGUGUGCUUGGCCCUGGCAUCGGGUCUCUCUGCCAGGCUCUCCCCGGCUCAGUAGCGGUCCGUAUCGGACAGGACCGGACGACCCUGCCGCUCUCCCGUUCCUCCCGUUCCUCCCGUAUGUUCAAUGACGGCUGUCCGGGGGAACGUGCAUGAUGGAUGGAGCGGAUGUGACCGUCUCGCCGUCUCUCCUCCCGUGCUGGCGAGUUUGUGACUCCGUGCACUUCUUCUCCAUCUACAAGCGAGUCCCCCCCCUCACGGGCCCCGGGCCUCACUGCUGUUGCGUCCGCAGCGCCAGGAACUGUAGCUGUUAACGCGGCUCACGCGGCUCUCUCGCCAGAGCAUCCCACAGCAGGUUGCUCUCCUCACAUGAGCCGGAGUCGGUCUCCGUGGUUACUGCUCAGCAUCCUGGAGUGUGUGCGGCGCGUACGGAGUUGCUCCAUCUCUGCCGUGAGCUUUGCUGAGUUGGGGUGUGUUACGUUUGGGGUGUGUUUGUUCUAAUUUAUUUGUACUGCAUUCUGUGUGCGCUUGAUACACACAAACAACGGUUUGAGGAAAGAUGUCGGAAAACGGCAGCAACAGUAAAGAGGUGACGACGUUCCUGGCCCCGCCCCCCCCGCCGCAGCGGCCGGUGAACGGCACCACCGGGUCGGACUCGCGGGUCGGCGAGAAGGUGGGGUCUGAGCCGGGGGUGCGGCGGAGGCGUCACACGAUGGAGCGCGACAAGACGGAGCAGCACCGCUUCUUCCGCCGCAGCGUCAUCUGCGACUCCACCGCCGCCUGCAUCCUGGCCUCCCCGCCCGACGAGGCUCCGCCCCCCCCGGGCCACGCCCCCUCCGAGCCCUCGCGCGCCGCCACGCACCUGGUCGUGGAGGAGCAGUCCGAGGACGCGGCGGUGGCCGCGGCGACGGCGACGACGACGUCGACGACGGCCGUCACGGCGACGAGCGAGAAGAGGCCCGGCGGCGAGCUGGACGCGCGGCGGCUGGACUCCCAGAGUUCCGCUGGAGCUCCGCAGGCGGGUGGCGCGGGCGUGGGUCUAGCGAGCGCGAGCGAGGCCAAGGAGUCGGCCGACGCCACCACGGACGAGCUGGCGGUAGCCGUGACGACGACGACGACGGCGACGGCUGCAGCGGCGGCGGGGGGCUCGGAGCAGGAGAGCGCGGAGAAGAGGAGUAGUGAGGAGGAGGAGGAGCGGGGCGUGGCGAAGGCUCGGGCGGAGGCGGAGAUACGCGAGGCGGCGGAGAAGAAGCAGCAGGACGAUAACGAGGAGGUGGAGACCAAAGCCGUCGGCACAUCGCCCGACGGACGCUUCCUCAAGUUCGACAUCGAGAUCGGACGCGGCUCCUUCAAGACCGUCUACAAGGGCCUGGACACCGAGACCACCGUGGAGGUGGCCUGGUGUGAGCUGCAGGACCGUAAGCUGUCCAAGUCUGAGCGGCAGCGGUUCAAGGAGGAGGCGGGAAUGCUGAAGGGGCUGCAGCACCCCAACAUCGUGCGCUUCUACGACUCCUGGGAGUCCCCCUCCAAGGGGCGCAAGUGCAUCGUGCUCGUCACCGAGCUCAUGACCUCCGGCACCCUCAAAACGUACCUGAAGCGCUUCAAGGUGAUGAAGAUCAAGGUGCUGCGCAGCUGGUGUCGUCAGAUCCUGAAGGGGCUGCACUUCCUGCACACGCGGCUGCCGCCAAUCAUCCACCGCGACCUCAAGUGCGACAACAUCUUCAUCACCGGCCCCACCGGCUCCGUCAAGAUCGGCGACCUCGGCCUCGCCACGCUCAAGAGGUCCUCCUUCGCCAAGAGCGUCAUCGGUACCCCUGAGUUCAUGGCUCCUGAGAUGUACGAGGAGAAGUAUGAUGAGUCUGUGGACGUGUACGCGUUUGGGAUGUGCAUGCUGGAGAUGGCCACCUCAGAGUACCCCUACAGCGAGUGCCAAAACCCUGCCCAGAUCUACCGCAGAGUCACCAGCGGAGUGAAGCCUGGGAGUUUUGAUAAGGUGGCCAUUCCUGAAGUCAAGGAGAUCAUCGAGGGAUGCAUACGACAGAAUAAGGACGAGAGGUACUCCAUCCACAUCCUGCUGAACCAUGCCUUCUUCCAGGAGGAGACGGGUGUGCGGGUGGAGCUGGCGGAGGAGGACGACGGGGAGAUGAUGGCCAUCAAGCUGUGGCUCCGCAUAGAGGACGUGCGCAAGCUCAAGGGCAAGUACAAGGACAACGAGGCCAUCGAGUUCUCCUUCCACCUCAACAAGGACGUGCCCGAAGAUGUGGCCCAGGAAAUGGUGGACUCUGGCUACGUGUGUGAUGGCGACCACAAGACGAUGGCGAAGGCCAUCAAGGACCGCGUGUCUCUGAUCCUGCGCAAGAGAGAGCAGCGCAAGCAGGUGCGGGAGGAGCAGGAGAAGCGCCGCCUCCAGGAGGCCCUCCGGAACCAGAACCAGAACCCACAGAACCCACAGAACCCACAGAACCCACAGAACCCCCCGGCAGCAGCAGCAGCAGCAGCAGCAGCAUCAGGACCGCAGGGUCCAACAGAACCAGAGGAGACGGAACACGAGCUGCAGCUGCAGCAUCAGCACCAGAUACAACAGCAGCUGAUGUACCAGCAGCCCAGCAUCUCCAUGACCUCGGAGGGCGCUGCAGACAGCGGUCAGGGUUCGUCCAUCUUCUCGGACGCUCACCUGGGCCAGGCCAUGUCCUACAGCUCUGUCCCCGCCCCCCAGCAGGGCUCUGGCCAACCACAGGGCUCGUACCCGCCCGCCGCCGCCCCGCACAGCCAAUCGCAGCUGGCGCAGCAGCACGCGGCCUACGCGCAGCAUGCCCCCACAGCAGCAGCAACAAUACGGAGGUUUCUACAUCCAAGCCAUCCCCUCGCAGGUGCCCACCACUCAACCUGCCGUCUCUGUGGCAAUUCAGCAGCAGCAGGCCAGCACUGUUGCCCAGAGCAGCUCACACACUCCUGCAGCCCUGUCUUCCCAGACCUGCACCAGUGCCCAUGCUCCGCCCACAAUGGCCCACGUUGCCAGGACGACCGCGCCCAUGAUGACGUCUGCAGGCUUCGCUCCUCCGGCCUCCAUGGCGACAGUGUUGCCGCAGCAACAGCAGGCAGGCGCUCCGAUGACGACCCCAGUAUCCGUUCCAGUCGUGACCCCGAAACCGCUACCGAUGACCUCAAUACCAGUUCCCAUGCCGACUCCAGUAUCUGUUCCAGUGGUGACGACAAAGCCAGUUCCGAUGACGACCCCAAAACCUGUUCAGAUGACGACCCCAAAGCCAGUUCAGAUGACGACCCCAAAGCCUGUUCAGAUGACGACCCCAAAGCCAGUUCCGGUGUCUGCUGCGUUGGCGCCCCCUGUGGGUGUGGGGGUGUCAGUGUCUCCGGCAGCAGCGGUGCCUUCUGUGAGUGCAGGUGUCGUCAUGGCAACCCCCACCGCUCCUCUGGCGCCCCAAAAGAAGCCUCCGGCCGCCACCCCUCUGACCCCUGUGACCCCCGUGACCCCCGUGACCUCUGCCCCCAGAGAGCAUCCCGCCCCCCAGAGAGAUGCCCCGGCCCAGGCUACCCAGAAUGCAUCACAGCCAACAUCGGCAGAGCAGCUCCAAACAGUGACCUCCUCUAUAGAGAGUGGUCACUCUGAUGUGGCGUCGGGCCUUAGUGAUGGUAACGAGGGUGCCAUGGCAACAGGAGGUCGCCAUGAGGGUCGUUCUGCGAAGCGGGACAGGAGGAGGUCCGUCAGGAGCCGCUCCCGCCACGACAAGCUGGGCAAGGCCAAGCUCAACGUCCUCAACAUCUCCAACAUGGGGGAUCGUGUUGCUGAAUGUCAGCUGGAGACUCACAACAGGAAGAUGGUGACCUUCAAGUUCGACCUUGACGGAGACAACCCGGAGGAGAUCGCCCAGAUCAUGGUGGAGAGUGAGUUCAUUCUGGAGAAUGAGAGGGAGUCGUUCAUCGAGCAGGUGCGUGAGGUCAUCGAGACGGCUGACGAGAGAGGACUGGAGAGAGAUGGCAGCCAGGCUCCUGAUCAUGAUCAGCAAGCACCUGAUGCAACUACACCCCCAACAGGUGUGUCGUCCGGUCUGGGUACUCAGGUGGUCCACUCUGCUGGGCGCAGGUUCAUCGUGAGCCCCGUACCUGAGUCCCGUCUCCGAGAGCAGUUCUUCAGCCCCACCAGCCCCCCCCUCACCGAGGACCAGCCCUCUGCAGCUCUUGCCGCUGCUCCUGCUGCAGGGGUGGGUCUGUCCCAGUCUGCGUCUGCUGUGAGUCUGCAGCAGGCCUUUGCUGAGAUGCGUCAGGGGCAACAGCAGUACCCCCCCGGCCCCAGCACCGCCCCCCCCACCCUCCACCCCGACCUGCCCGCCUUCCCCCCCCCCUCCACCUCUCCCUCCCUCCCCUCCACCUCUCCCUCCCUCCCCUCCAUCUCCAUCUCUCCCUCCGUUCCUGCCAUCCCCCCCUCCUCCUCCUCUCCUCCUCCCUCUGCUCAACCUGCCCCUCAGAUGCCCCCCGUUACCCAGCCUGCUGUAUCAACUGCCCCUCCUGCUGCUGCGCCAGCUUCCGUUGCCCCCCCGCCCCCCACCACCACCAGCCUGCCCGCCGCCCCUCCACCAACUGCCCCAGUUGCCCCCACCACCCCCAUCCCCAGCGCUGCUGCCGUCUCCGAUGCUUCUGUUGCCCCGUGCCCUGUGGUGCUGCCAGAGCUGCCCGUCUCUGCCCCUGCGGUCACCGUGCCAACCACUGCCGUCCAGACGCCCCAGAUGAGCCCGCCCACCUCCACCCUCUCCGCCACCCCGGCCACGCCCACACAGGUGCCGUCUCUGCAGCCGGUGACCAGUACGGUUCCGGUGGUGCAGCCCACUCCGGCGCACACACAGCCGCAGGCGAGCGUGGCGGUGGGCCAGCCACACACACACACACACACACACACACACACCCAGCCGCUGGCGCCCUGCGGGGAGUGUGAGGCGGCGGCGGGCAUCGAGGACAUCCACGCGCUCGACCAGAAGCUGCGCUCGCUCUUCAUGGACCUCUCCGGCCCCGGCCCCGCCCCCGGCGACGGCUCCGCCCCUAGCGACCAACCGGCCUGCACGCCCGGCACCUCCUCCCCCCCCGGCUCCAUCUCCAUCGCCGCGGCGACCGCCUCCCCCCUGCCCCCCUCCUCCCUUCCGCUGGCGUCGCCGGGGCAACAGACGGGCGGAACGCCCCUCAACACGCCCGCCGCUACGCCCACCUCCACAUACACACAGAACACGCCCGCCAAAACACCCCUGUCCAGAGUACCGCAGGGUGUGCCCGUGGGCAUGGAGCAGGCUGGUUCUCCUCCUGCUGAGUUCCUGCCCCCGUUCCCUGGACCCUGCCUGCAGUCUCAGCAGCCUCUUGAGGAUCUUGAUGCCCAGUUGAGACGAGCCCUGAGCCCAGAGACCGUUUCCAUCGCUCCUUCCCAGGCAACUGGGAUGGCGGCUGGAGGACAGCCAGUGUCCUUCUCUAUGGAGGGGGAGGCUCCCCCAGCUCCGGCCCCAGCAGCCUUCACACUGGGCAGAUUCAAGGUGUCCGUGGCAACAGAGGAGGGUGUGUCUCAGCUCCCGCCCAGCUCGGCUGACUCCUCCUCCACAACGUCCUGCUCCUCCUCUUCCUCCUCCUCCUCCUCCUCCUCCUCUUCCUCCUCCUCGCUGUCCAGCCCUGAGCACACGCUGCACAAGUACUCGUCUCUGCGGCCGCUGCCCAGUGUGGACGUGGUGGACGGAGUGUGUCCUCACACACACACACACACACACACACACACGCCGCCCCCCGCACAGCCCCCCACCACCACCAUCGGCCGUUUCCAGGUGACCUCCUCGGCCGGCGACACGCGGGUCGGACGCUUCUCCGUCAGCCGCAGCCAAGACGAGGUCGUCGCCCCGGCAACCGCCUCGCCCCACGCCCAGGAGCCGCCGCUGUCGCUAGGCAACGGACCGCCCCUGCCCAGCCCCGAGGGGAGGAGCCUCAACAACUCGUACCUGAGCAGCGACAACGACUCGGAGAUGGAGGACGAGGACUUCAAGAGAGAGAUCAGCCGUCUCAGAGAGAAGCACCUGAAGGAGAUCCAGGCUCUACACGUGCGGCAGAAGGAGGAGAUCGACUGCCUGUUCUCGCGUCUGGGGAAGGUGCCCCCCCCCUCCAUCAACCCCCCACUGGUGGCCCCCCCAGGACGCCGGAGACGACCCCCCAAGACCAAGAGCAGCAAGUCCAGCAGGAGCAGCACGCAGUCAGGUAGUACCCUGUCUGCCCAGAGUGCCCCGGUGGUGUUCCCGUCUCAGGCGGAGCUGGUUGCCCCCGGGGGGGUAAGUGAGGCGGGCAUCUGCCCCCUGAUGCCCCUGAAGCCCUCGCCCUCCAGCGACCAGCUCUGCUCCGCCUACACCAGCGACGCCGCGCUGAGCGUGCCCAGUCUGUGUGCGCCCACGCCAGGGACGAGCAGUACUACCGGCGUGAGUGGGCCGGCGCAGGGCCCGCAGUGCCCCGCUCCUCCAGCGGGGGCAGGCUCGGGCUCGGGCUCGGGCUCGGGCGGCCAGAGCCGCAAGGGCACCUUCACGGACGACCUGCACAAGCUGGUGGACAACUGGGCGCGCGACGCCAUGAGCCUGUCCCAGGGCAAGAGGCCCGCCAAGGGGCAAGGACAGCCCACCUCACAGGGACACAGCUACGAGGCGGUCCCUCCGGCCAGCAUGGGCCGUAAGUUCUCUGCGCCGGGUCAGCUGUGCCCUGGCAUGGCGUCUUCCCUGGGGGGCCACAGCGCCGCCGCCCCCCCCUCCGCUACCUCUCUGGGCCGCAAGGGCUCGCUCUGCCCGCCUGUGCCCACCUACGGGUACGCCCCCCCCACCGCACCUUACUCCGGCCCCUGGCCCCCCACCCCCACCGCCGCCGCCUCGCACCCCUCCGCCCUCAUGACCUCCGCCCCCCAGAUGACCCCGUUCGUGACCCCGGGGGGGUCGGCCCCCCCCCCCCUCCGCGCUGCAGGGGUUCCACAUGGCGCCCCUGCAGAAGGCCGUGAGCAACCCCGCCGGCCCCAACCUGAGGACCACAUAGACCAUGAACCCACGGGGCGGGGGGGGGGGGGCACGGACCGAUGGAGGCAUGUCCAGUUUAUGUUUUCAUUUCUGAAGAUGGAUAUAAGACUGUGAAGAGUGUGUGUGUGUGUGUGUGAGCGUGAAUGGCAGCAUAUGUGUGAGAGGGAGUGUGUGUGUGUUUGUGUUAGGGGAUUUGUCGGGAUCAAGUCCAAAGGCCCCCCCCAUAUAACCUUUACCCCCCCCCUCACCCUGGACCUGGACAGAUGCAUGCUGGGAUAGGCAUGUUGCUAGGCUCCUGUCGUCAUGGUGCCGAGCAGAGACCCACGGACACACGAGUGCAAUGUUCCGUUCCGCCGCCAAAGAAAGCACCCGAUUGGUGGAUUUGAUCAGUCUCAAAGCACGUGAUUGGAGGAUCCUGUUAUUGGGGGGACCCCCCCCCCCCCUCAGAGGAGCAGCGGAGUGGACUGUGUUUGGGGUGUG